GGUUGCUCUAGCCGCGCAAAGGAGGGAUCUGGAUGCCCCAGACCUUGCGUCAUCAGGGGGCGCCACGGCGCGUUAGCGGGCACGCGCAAGCGAGAAGAUGUCUCCGUCGCCGCCUCUCUUCAGUUUGCCCGAAGCGCGGACCCGGUUUACGAAUUCUACCAGAGACGCCUUGAUCAACAAAAAUAUCAAGCCAUUAUUGAGCACCUUCAGCCAAUUAGCUGGCAGUGAAAAUGAGAAAAAAUGUACCCUUGAUCAAGCUUUCAGAGUUAUUCUAGAAGAGGAAAUUAAAUUGCUGAGUAUUCAAAAUAUAACCCGUGCAUCAUGUGAAAAUGUUUUGGCUAUUAUUUCUCUUGCUAUUGGGGGAGUCACUGAAGGUAUAUGUACAGCAUCUACACCUUUUGUACUGUUGGGAGAUGUUUUGGAUUGUCUUCCUUUGGAUCAAUGUGACACAAUCUUCACCUUUGUGGAGAAAAAUGUUGCCACUUGGAAAUCAAAUACAUUCUAUUCUGCUGGAAAAAACUAUUUGUUGCGCAUGUGCAAUGAUCUCCUAAGAAGAUUAUCAAAGUCCCAGAAUACUGUGUUCUGUGGAAGAAUUCAGCUUUUCUUGGCCAGACUUUUUCCUUUGUCAGAGAAAUCAGGCCUUAACUUACAAAGUCAGUUUAAUCUUGAAAAUGUCACCGUUUUCAACACCAAUGAGCAAGAGAGCACGUUGGGUCAGAAGCAUAUUGAGGAUAGAGAUGAAGGAAUGGAAGUAGAGGAAGGAGAAAUGGGAGAUGAUGAAGCUCCAACAAGUUGCUCCAUUCCAAUUGAUUACAACCUGUAUAGAAAAUUCUGGUCCCUUCAAGAUUACUUCAGAAAUCCUGUGCAGUGCUAUGAGAAGAUUUCAUGGAAAACUUUUCUCAAGUAUUCUGAAGAGGUUUUAGCUGUUUUUAAAAGUUAUAAACUGGAUGAUACUCAGGCCUCAAGAAAGAAGUUAGAAGAAUUGAAAACAGGAGGAGAACAUGUAUAUUUUGCAAAAUUCUUAACAAGUGAAAAGCUUAUGGAUUUACAGCUGAGUGAUAGUAAUUUUCGGCGUCAUAUCCUUCUGCAGUAUCUCAUUUUAUUUCAGUACCUCAAGGGACAAGUGAAAUUCAAAAGUUCAAACUAUGUUCUAACUGAUGAGCAAUCCCUCUGGAUUGAAGAUACUACAAAAUCAGUCUAUCAACUACUAUCUGAAAACCCCCCUGAUGGAGAGAGAUUUUCAAAAAUGGUAGAGCAUAUAUUAAACACUGAAGAAAAUUGGAACUCAUGGAAAAAUGAAGGCUGUCCAAGUUUUGUGAAAGAAAGUGUGCGUUCUAUUUGCCGUAGACCAUCAGACUCCAAGCCUACAAGAGUUGUAAGAAAGAGAACAGCACCAGAGGAUUUCCUGGGAAAAGGACCCAACAAAAAAAUUCUGAUGGGAAAUGAGGAACUAACAAGACUUUGGAAUCUCUGUCCUGAUAAUAUGGAAGCUUGUAAAUCAGAGUCCAGAGAAUACAUGCCAACUUUAGAAGAAUUUUUUGAAGAGGCCAUUGAGCAGGCAGACCCAGAAAAUAUGGUUGAAAAUGAAUAUAAGGCUGUGAACAAUUCCAAUUAUGGCUGGAGAGCCCUAAGACUGUUGGCACGUCGCAGCCCCCACUUCUUCCAACCAACCAACCAGCAGUUUAAAAGUUUACCAGAAUAUCUAGAAAACAUGGUUAUAAAACUAGCCAAGGAGUUACCACCUCCUUCGGAAGAAAUAAAAACAGGUGAAGAUGAAGAUGAGGAAGAUAAUGAUGCUUUACUGAAGGAAAAUAAUGAGAGUCCUGAUGUCCGGCUCGACAAACCUGUAACAGGGGACCAAAUAGAACUAUUUGCUAACAAGCUGGGAGAACAGUGGAAAAUCCUGGCUCCAUACUUGGAAAUGAAAGACUCUGAUAUAAAACAGAUCGAGUCUGACAGUGAGGAUGUGAAGAUGAGAGCCAAGCAGUUGCUGGUUGCAUGGCAGGAUCAAGAGGGGAUACAUGCAACACCUGAGAAUCUCAUUAACGCAUUAAACAAAUCCGGGUUAAGCGACCUCGCAGAAAGUCUAACUAAUGACACUGAAACAAGUAGUUAACUUAUUUCUUAUUAUAUUUUUUUAAUUAAAACUGUGAUAAGAUUUUGUUACCAAGCAGCAUUUGAUAAAGAGAUCCACUUGUUUUGGUAAACAAUAAACAUUUUUUAUAACA